CGCACUGGCAACUCCGCUGAACACCGAAAUACCCUCGCUCUGCCCGCUCAUGUCCACGCCCAAAGUACACCAAAAUCACCCGUUCGCCGUGCCCAGGUUCACGGUGGGGGACUACAGCAGCUUCUUCGCGGCAGGAGCCCUCUGUUGCACCAUCAGCCAUGGCGGUAUGACGCCCAUUGACGUGGUCAAGACGCGCAUACAGAUCGACCCGGCGUACAAAGGGACCCGAUAUGUCAUUGCAAAAGAAGGCGCCGGUGCCCUGUUGACCGGGUUCGGGCCCACCGCUAUCGGAUACCUCGCGCAGGGAGGCGCCAAGUUCGCGGGAUACGAGUACUGGAAGAAGACCUUCGUCCAACUCGCAGGCGACCAGGAUACCGCCGUCAAGUAUCGCACGGCAAUCUACCUCGGAGGUGCCAGUAUUGCCGAGUUCUUUGCAGACAUCUUGCUGGCCCCAUUAGAAGCCACGCGUAUCCGACUUGUGUCUGAGAAGGGCUACGCCACUGGUCUUGUCACAGGGUUGACGCGGAUGGCAAGGGAAGGCGGCCUGCGCGAGCUAUAUGCUGGAUUUGUCCCUCUCCUCUUCAAACAGAUUCCCUACGCUAUCGGCCAGUUCACCGUCAACGAAUACUGCCAUGAGCUCGUGUUCCGUUCCAUGACCGAGGAGACGAAACAGAACCUCUCCGGUGCAUCCAAGUUCGGCAUAUCCCUGGGCAGUGGAGUUCUAGCUGGAUUCGCUGCGGCCGUGCUGAGCCAUCCUGCGGACACAUUACUGAGCCAAAUCAACAAGGGACAUGGCCCAAGUGGGUCCAUGAUGUUCCGACUGACGACCCUGGCUCGUGAGGCAGGAUUCCGUGGUCUUUUUGCUGGCCUUGGACCGCGUAUGAUCAUGACAGCCGGAUUGGUUUCGUCCCAAUUCCUGAUGUAUGGUGAGAUCAAGCGGGCACUUGGCGCACCCCCGGGAUCGAGAUCCACAAGGAGGACUAGAGACUAGACGACUUAGACGGCAUACCCCGACGCUCUUGCACACCCUGUAUAUUACAUAAGCAUUAGGAACCAGCACCCCUUAGUAAGCAGCACGUGAUAGUCACGUGAUGCUCAAAUCCACGGUCCGAAAAA